UUCAUUUACAAUUUCGUCAUGUGAUUCAAUUUGAAAACAAUCAAACAAUGUUGAUUCAAUUUUUACGAAUUUUUCAAAAAUCUACCAAAUUUGGUCCGUUUCAAUAUGCAUACCGAAAAAUUAACCAGCGAAAUGUUUUGCCAAAUAAUAAUGAUAAUGAAUUGAUCAAAUUUUCCAAGGAACUUGAAUCUAUUGGCAAAUGCAAUGCUCUGGAUACACUCAAUGCUGAUAAUGUGGAAUUGCUCAAUGAAAUUCGACCCAACCUGAAAAAAUCAUUCAACCUUGCUGCCUAUGUGAAUGUAUCGGAAACAUUGCAACAACUAGUCAAAUUGAAUGUUGAUUUAUCAUUGAUUGAAAAGGAUGAUAAACUUGCAUCAUUCAUCGUUCGUUGUGAUUUUGAACAGGAUAUUCAACCAUUGUUGAGGUUUUUAUUGGAUAAUGGUCUGAACAUUAAUCAAAUGGGUGAAGUUCUCACUUCAAAUCCAUAUCUAUUUACGAUUCCAUCAGAAGAUUUAAAUGUUCACAUUAGUUAUUUCAAAUUUCGAAAGUUUACUCCACAAGAUAUCACUGGGUUUUUCGUUAAAUAUCCAAAAUUAUUCAGUCUGAAAAUUCAAACUAUUGAUCAAAAUUUAGCUGAUUUGGGUGAAGAAUAUCGGCUUACUGCCAAUGAAAUUCGACAUAUUGUUCGAAGGCAUCCACGAAUCAUAUCGAUGAGUAAUCAUCAACUGAAGAAAUGUACGUUUGUUUUCGCCGAACAAAUGGGUUUCAAUGAGGAUGAAAUUCGUUCAUUGAUUAUAAGAAAUGCGGUUCUUUGGACCAAACAAGUGAAUCGAGAUUAUCCAAAGGAUAUUGUACGCUCAUUCGAAUAUGUCAAUACAACCAUGCAAAUCAAUCAUGAACAAAUAUUGAAAUUUCCACUAAUAUUAUUACGUCGUGUACGUUUGAUACGUGAACGUCAUCUUUACCUGAAAUCGUUGAAUCGCGAUCAAUAUGAUCCUACUAAACCAUUAUAUGUUCCACUUGGUGCAUUUUUUCAAAUUGACGAUGCACAAUUCUGUAUUGAAUAUGCUAAAACCUGUAUCGAUGAUUUUAAUAGAUUUUUGAAAACAAUUUAAAUAAAUUUUUUAAAAAAGU